GGCGCCGUGCCGAGCCGGGACCGAGGACGAGGGGGAGGAAGAAGAGAAGAGGGAGACGCCCGAGGACAGGGAGGUCCGGCGGCAGCUGGCGCGGAAGAGCAUUUUUGUCAUCAUUUGUUAUGAACUCAGGAGUCUGGGAAGAAGUUGGCCGUGCCAAACUCUGGAAUGAAUGGUGUAGAACAACAGACACAGCACACCUGUCUCCCACAGAGGCUUUUUGUGUGUUUUAUCACCUGAAAUCAAAUCCCUCGGUUUUACUUUGUCAAUGCAGUUGCUACGUUGCUGAAGAUCAGCAAUAUCAGUGGCUGGAAAAGGUUUUUGGCUCUUGUCCAAAGAAGAACAUGCAGGUAACAGUUCUCACUUGUCGACAUGUGACCGACUAUAAAACCUCAGAAUCUACAGGCAGCCUUCCUUCUCCUUUCCUGAAAGCCCUGAAAACACAGAAUUUCAAAGACCCUACCUGUUGUUCCCUGCUAGAACAACCGAAUAUCGUACACGAUCUUCCUGCUGCAGUUCUGAGUUACUGUCAAGUAUGGAAAAUCCCUGCCGUUCUGUACUUGUGUUACACUGAUGUGAUGAAAUUAGACCUAAUUACAGUUGAAGCUUUUACAUCUAUACUGUCUUCCAGAACCUUGAAAGGUUUGGUUAAGAAUAUUCCCCAGAGCACAGAAAUACUGAGGAAAUUGAUGACAACAAAUGAGAUACAGAGCAACAUAUAUACGUGAUCCUCUGGUGAUCUUGGAAUGUAUAUUAUCUACCCAUCGCUUUAAGGGGAGUAGCGUGCACUGUUUUAUAGGUUAUUUUUGGGGAGGGCAUGGUAUAUUUUGAGGGUGAGAAAACAAUAAAUUUAUAAACAAUCACA